AUGUCUCUUUUCGUAUUCAUCUCGAAACGCUAUACUAAAUGCGAAUACACCUUCAGUUGCAGCAUCAAGGUUAAUACUAUAAUUUUCUAAAAUAAUUACACCUGCUGGUUGCCUAGUAUCAAUUUGUCCCAAUUCGUUGAUGUUGAAAUAAAACAACAAGUUACAUCGUAGUUUGAACCAUUUUUCUUUGAAUCCUAAAAUAUAAAUAACAUAAAUGUUAAAAACUAAUCUUAUUAUUCCAUUAAAUCCAAUAAUAUUAAAACUUUAUGAAUAAAUUAGCCCUUCAUAAGCAAGCGAAUUAUCACACUAUCUAUAGGAAAGUUGAAUCAUUCAUCUCCAUGCCUAAUUUUUUUUUACUACUCUAGGCUUUCAAAAAAUGUAAAUGUAAAAAUAUUACCUAAUGAAGUCUUUAUUAUACAAUCGGUUUUUAAGUUAAAUGAUCUUUCUUAUAAGGAAUAAAAAUUUAUUUCGAGAAAUUCGCACAGGGUGCGAACAACACCAAGUCUAUGGAAUAUUAGAGAAACAGUAUGAAAAUAGGCAUGGAAAAAUAAGAAUUUGUAAAAGAUUAUUGGUUAUAAGUAAUUGAAGUUAACAUUCUUAACUAAAAACUAACCUGACUUGUGUGCUCGUUUAUGAUUUAAACGACCUUCAAUAUCAGCAGGACCAUUACUUGCUUCUGCAAGCUCUUUUUCGUUGAAUUUCAUAAUGAUAAAUCAUUUACACUUUAUAUAUUUAUUAUUACAUAAAUGCUAUCGCAUAAUUAUAACACGUAUAUCACUCAUAUUCCCUUGUUUUGCUGUUAUUUCAAUUAUAUUUAUUAAAGAAUUUGGCUAUGUUUCUAGAAUUUAGUGCCAAAUUGUCAAUAUUACACAACGCUAUAUAUAUUCCAUUGUUUGUUUAUUAUCUUUUACUGAUUUUAAUAUACUUUUUUACUUUGGUUAUAUAAAUUAUAUCAAACACUAAUAAUUAUUUAGGAGUAUUAGAAUCCAUGUUGUACACCAACGUAAUGUGAAUACUCAUCCGUUAUUAAACGUCAACACUAAAGUUGCAGAGUACGCUAUCGAAGGUUUGAAAUAGCGCGUUUGUUCUUUGCAGUCUGAGAAACAUAUAUUGCACAGAUUUGUUACGUUUUAAAAAAAAUUUAUUUUAUUUUGAGUUUUACUCGUAAACAAAGAAUGUAAUUCUUUUUAAAUAAACGUACAUUAAUACCGUUUUUUUAAUAAAUCUACUUAUCUAAACAUGCAAAAGUUAGAUAAAUAAAUAAAGUAAUAAAAUUGGCCAACCUGAAAGAUACGUGUAUAAUGCAUUUCAUAUGUUUUACAUGCAAAGACGUGUGCUGCAUAAAUCGUGUGUCAAAAUUAUAAUCUUUGUAACAAACUUAUUUACUAAUGGAUGUAACAUUUUAACUAUCUGCAGUAUUUAUUAAAAAAAAAUCAUAUGAUUAAUUGUAGAAUGCACAUUUUGUAGAAACGUAGUUUCUAAUUAUUUUUAAUACAAUUAGGUAAUGGGUUCGUUAACAAGUCGACAGAACGCUGGUGUAGAAGAAGUUGAUAUUGUUUCAAAUCAUGCAUACAAAUAUCCUCCUCGUUCGGGUUUGUUGUUAUUUUAAAAAUAUUUUUAAAAUAUUAAAUCGUAAAAAUUUUGUAAAAUAUUAAAAAAUAUGUGUAGAAACUAAACAAUUUUUAUUUUAAUAAGUUACAUAUUAAAACACAUGUUAAGUAUUGCAGAAUGUUUCGUAUCUUAUUUAAUAAAUUUUAUUCAUUAGGAAGUUAUUUUGGUAGUCAUUUCAUAAUGGGUGGUGAACGCUUUGAUACACCACAACCUGAAGCAUAUCUUUUUGGAGAAAAUGCUGAUUUGAAUUUUUUAGGAAGCCGCCCAACACCUUUUCCAUAUCCUCCACCACAAGCUAAUGAUCCUACUAAAACAUUGAAGAGUUUAGUAAACAUAAGAAGAGAAUCACUAAGAUUGGUUCGUAAUGUUGAUCAAACUUCUACUUCACCUCAAUGUCACAGUGUUAAACAUUAUGGAGAUGGUGAUCUAGAUAAAAAAUCAAAUCGUUAUAAUAUUGAAUUCACAUUUGAUUGUGAUGUAAGAUGUGCAAUUACAAUAUAUUAUUUUUGCACUGAAGAAAUAACAACAAAAGGAGUUACAUACAUACCAAGAGACCCUUCUAUGAAUUCCGAAACAUAUUAUUACAAGAAAGGUGCUAAUCAAUUAUUUUCUCAAACAUCACAUACAUUUGAUCCAACAGCUUAUAGCAAAGAAGAUCUAUUGUAUAAUGCUGAUAGGGAAAUAAUACCAAUAGCAAUUCAUUGUGUAGCAGAAGAAGGCUCAGAUGAACCAAAACAAUCUCAUACAACUAUUGCAGUUGUUGAGAAACAUUCGGAUGGAACAUAUGUAUUAAAAGCUCUUAAACAAAAGCUUUAUGUUGAUGGUCUUUGUUACCUACUUCAAGAAAUAUAUGGAAUUGAAAACAAAAACGCAGAGAAUGCAAAACAACAAGGUAGUGAUGAAGAUACAGAUGAUAAUGGAUCAGAAUGUGUUAUUUGUAUGUGUGAUGUGCGAGAUACUUUAAUAUUACCAUGUAGACAUCUGUGUCUAUGUAAUAGUUGUGCAGAUUCUCUUCGGUAUCAAGCAAACAAUUGUCCAAUAUGUCGAGCUCCUUUCAGAGCUCUUCUUCAAAUUAAAGCUCUUCAGAAAGCAACUGGUGCUAUUAUAUCAAAUCCACCAUUACCAGAGGGAAGUUGUGAAAAUAUACCAGCUGGAUAUGAAGCUGUAUCAUUAAUAGAAGCUUUAAAUGGUCCAUAUAUUCCAAGAACUGCUGUUCUUGCUCCAGAAUCUCCGGAUACUCCUGAUACAGAUACAGCUAGUGCAAUUCAAGCAGCUGAAGCAUUAAAUAGGUCUAUGGAACGUACACCUGUAUCAAAACAUGUAUCUUCAAAAGAAGGAGAUAUAUCCGCAAGAACGAGUGGUACUGCAUGUCCUACUCCAGAAUUUCGAAUGUCUGUUUUAUUAGCUAGAGAUGAACAUUCGGGAUCACAGAAAGAUUUGCAUAAUCGAUCUCCAGCAAUGAGGAUGAAAAAUUCUGGACAUUUACGAGAAAAGGCAGUGUUACGGUCCCGGGAUACUCUUAGACUUGUUAAUGAAAAACAACCAGUUUCUCUUUAUGAGGGACAAGGACAAGAUGAAGACAGUGAGGCAGAAAAAUUAUCCCCAUUGUUGGACGCAGCAACCAGUACAGAAGCACUUGAUACUCAUAGUCGCGGAAUAUGUGAUAUAGAUAUCGACGACGAAAUUCAGAAUACAGAAAAUGAAAAUGACGCUGAUAUUACAUGUCAUUCACAUUAAAAAUAAAUAUCAUCGUAUUUUCUAAAAAAAGAUACGUAUUUAAUUAAUUUUUAUAAGAUUAUACGCAUUUCUUUCAAAUUUUAAUUGUAAAUUGUAAAUAUUAAUUGUAAAUUAAAAUUAUUUAUAUUUAUAAUUAUUGGCUAAAAAUUUAUACUUGUUUAAUUAUUUAAAAAUUAUAUGUAACUAUACUAUUCCUUGAUAAAAAUUUGUAUAUUUUCUAGAA